AAUAUCGGAACGCAGCCACAGCAAUUCCAGAUGUCCACGAGGACGGUUGAUGUGGAUAAGAAGGACCAACUCGUGUUUCACGUACUAUUAAAUUCAUCUUCAUCGAGUUACAUAUUCUACACAGUGUGAAACAAGAUGCAACAAGCAAGCCACACUAGACUCGAGGUUAUCCUGACAAGCGAGGCUUCCGGGCAGAGCUGCAGCGCAGCAGUCUGGGACCCCUCCAACGGUUCCCUGUUAUCCCUCUUCAAGAACACUGGAGCGCUCUGCCGCCGCAGUCUCCAGCUCCUCAGCGACUGCUAUCUCCUAGGUGCUGACUCCACCAAGCACCGUCUAUACGUGUGGCCGUUGAACAACUCUGCGCCUGUAAAUAACAUCAGAUUGACCACCCCAGGCAAGAUCAACGCCUUGACAUGCACACCCAACGGCUCCUAUAUCAUCGCGGCCAUCGGAGAAAACCUGUUCAUCUGGCAAACCUGUAGCGGUCGGUUGUUAGCCACGUUUAGCGAGCAUUUACAGAAGAUCAACUGUCUGUCCACUACAAAGGACGGCUCAUUGUUCGCCAGCGGCGGUGAUGACGGCUUGGUGUUUGUAUGGUCGCUCUUCAGUGCGCUCAAUGACCAUUGUCCUAUCAUUCACAAGUUUCUCCACCACAGCCUGCCAGUCAAUGAUCUGUGCUUCGGCUAUGGCGGCGCUCGUACGAGAUUGUAUACAGUCUCCAUGGAUCGCACACUAAAUAUCUAUGAGAUCGGCAACGCGCAGAACAUGUUGUCGAUAAUAUUUGACGUGCCGCUAACGGCCAUCACCGUGAAUCUCCGCGACAGCGAGCUCUUCGUGGGCUGCAUCACCGGCGACAUAUUUCAGUGCAAGCUGCACAAUCCGCCACGUGGUGUCGUGCAACAUGUUAAAACGAGCUCGCGCGAUGCCGAAAAGGACGAUACCCUGUUUGAAGCGCACAAGUCGCAUGUGACCGCUCUGUCGGUAUCACUGAAUUGUUGCACAUUACUGUCAGGUGCUGUUGACGGAGCAGUUCACAUUUGGGACAUCGCCAGUCGACACGUGCUCCGAACGAUCAAGCACAAAGGUCCGAUCACCGCUGCGUUCUUCGCGCCGGCAUUCGAAAACUUCUCCGCCACCACGUUGAUGCCGCGUCUGGUGUUGCACAGCCUGCAGCAGACCUCGGAUGACAGCAACAGGAACGUACUCCAAGUCAUUUCCAGGGGGCGGAAUUCUCGGAAAAUUCUAGAUUUCGACUCUUACGUGCGCAACGACAUCAACGAGCCCCGAAAUUCAGAAGAAACUUCAGCUUCGAACGCGAAACUGAAUCUUAUGAAGACAGAGAUUGAGAGGUUAAGAACAAUUAAUAAUGAUAUGUAUCAGUACACCGUCACGAGUAUUUUAAACAAAAAGAAAGAGAACGGUAGACAGAGUUCUGAAGACAACAUUCUGCCAAGAUCAAAACCAAAAAUAAUAGAGAACGUACCUUUGGACAAACUUUACAGUAUCUCGAUACAAGACUGAUGUUAUUCUAACUGAUUUAUUGUAUGUGUAUAUAUUGUACAUAAAUGUUUAUAGUUUAUACAAUAUAUAUAGAAAGGACAACUUUAAAAAAUAAUAUAUAAUAAUAAUAAUAUGUAUCGGUACAUCUUUGCGAGUAUACUCUAAACAACACAAACAUUCCUCAGCCUUUUUUUCUCUAUUCUUUGAAAUUCUUUGAAGACAACAUUCUCCAGGUCGAAGUAAUAAAGAUUUUUUUACUCAUUUGGGCGAAAUCAACAAUUUAAAUUCAGACAACUCAUAUCAUUAU